AUGUCGUGUGGUGUAUGCCGUAAGUCUUUGAGGAGCGAGAACACUCCUCUAAUCAGUUGUGGAAUUUGCAAUGUUUCGUUCCAUUGUAAGUGUGUCAAUAUCAAGGAAUCUGACAUUAAGUUUCUGAAGGAUUCGGAUAACGUGUGGAAGUGCCCUACUUGUCUUGACGCACGAAGGAAGAGUGUAGUGCUCAACUCACCAAUCAAAACAUCUGAGGAGGAGAUUACCCUGUCUUCCAUUAUGAAAAAGCUCAGCGAUAUGGAGGAGCAAUCGAAGCAACUGGAGAAGGAUCUAGGAGGAUCCAUCAAUUUCUGCCACAACGAUGUUGAGAGCAUAUUAAAAAAAAUCGAGGUACAGGACAGCAAAUUGAACUUAUAUUUACAAAAAAUAGAUAAACAAAACGAAGAAAUAGCAUUAUUAAAAACCCAAAAUCUCAAACUUCAAAAACAAGUAUGCGAUUUAGAACAAUAUUCGAGAGUAAACUGUGUCGAAAUUCAAGGAAUUCCAACUGAAGCGAAUGAGGACGUGAAAAGCCUGGUGUUAGCAGUGAGCAAAGCGUUGGAUCAUCCCAUCGACGAGAAGCUGAUCGACAACUGUCACCGACUUCCAUCCAAAGACAGAGACAGACCGCCUGCAAUUAUAGCCAAAUUCGUGAGGCGUUUCGACAAGGAGGCCCUGCUGCAAAAAAGAAGAAUAAAGAGGGACUUCUCUACGCGACACCUUGGACAUCAGCAGAUCUCUCCAAUCUACCUGAACGAGAGCUUAUGUCCCGAAAGAAGACGUCUCCUAACGUUGGCGAAAAAGGCUAAAGAUGAGGGAAAUUUCAAGUACUUGUGGGUGCGAAAUGGCAAGGUGCUAGCUAGGCGCACGGAUGGACAACCUGUAAUUGUCAUAGAGACCGUCCAGGACUUGAACAAGCUAGUUGACACGUCCAAGUAG